CUUUUACCUUAGCCGGGGAACUCAUAUUCAUCUUCCAUCAGUGUCUGUUCUGUGCUUAAACCCUAAAGAAGACGACUCAGAGACUCUUGCUGCGAUAAUGGCGGAUGUUUUGUUGGCCAAUGGCUUCGGCAACAGGAACGUGAUGGUGGCGAUCGACGAGGGCGACCACAGCCACUACGCGCUCAUGUGGGCGCUCGACAACCUCAAGGAGUCCGUCGAGCGCUCCACGCUCCUCAUCUUCAUGGCCCACCCUCCUCCUCGACCCGUCAGCACUUUCCAAGCCUCCCUCGGCUCUGCUCGCGUCUAUUGCUCUGUUUCGCCCAUUCCGGACUUGGUCAAGUCUGUCGAAGCAAACAAUAAGAAGCUCACUUCGGCCUACUUGGAUAGAGCUAAGGAAAUUUGUGCUAACCGAGGGGUAACGGCAGAAACGAUUGCAGAUGUCGGGGAUCCUAAAGUGGCCAUAUGCGACGCCGUUCUAAAGUACAACGUUAGUCUUCUCAUUAUGGGCGAGCGUGGGAUAGGAAAGAUAAAAAGGGCUCUAAUCUGGAGUGUGAGCAGCUACUGUGUUCAAUAUGCCAAAUGCCCAGUACUCGUGGUGAGGAAACCAGAGGAUAGCGAGUGAUAGGAAUUAGAAGACGACCACCUACGGAUGGAAAGAAUUGCCAGUCCCAGUUUGGACCUUUUUCUUUCUUUGCUCAGAGUUCAGUUGUAUGACUGACCAAUAUUUCGAACCUCAAUGGAAGUUUUCCCGCAAGUUUAUCCAGAUACUGAUAUGCUGCAAGCGAUGAUCGGUCUUCAGGCAGGGCCGAGAACACGACGCCCUUCCUUCGCUUUUCUUUGGCUGCUGGUCGAGAUAACCGGUGACCGCUCUUGUAACUUGUUUCUAUUUGCACAGGGCAAUUGGCAAAAGUUCU